UCCACUAUUCACUCCUUCAGCCGCCACCCCCUUCCCAAAGACUCCACACCGCAGCACACAGACGCACGGACUCCCCCUCACGACACCCACACUUAGCCUCACACACCUCCCUCACCCUCCCUUGUUGUCGCGCCAGCCACCCACGCAGAGAGAGAGAGAGAGAGAAACGGAGGAGCGUCGCCGGCAGAAAGAGAGGUCACCGCUGCCGCCAAAUCGUCGAGUCGUCGUGUCCUGCCACCACUGCCACCACUGCCACCACGAAGCUGCCGAACUGAGAUGAGAAAAGGGAGAUCGAAACGGGCUUUGAGGAAGAGUGUCGCACGAAGUCGCGGAGGAGGAGGAUCGCCGUCGCUUGUGCCGCCGUCGCCGAGGAGAGGAAGGAAGGAGCUACUGCCGUGGUUGUUUUCACGUUCCUGGUCGCCGCCAAACUCGCCGUCGCGAAGGAGGGGGAACCGUCGCUGCCAGAGGUCGCUGUCACCGCUGUUUGGGGUCGCGGUGGUCAAAGCCACCACUGAUGGAGUUCGUCGCAGCUCUGUCAUCGUUCUGCUCUCUGAGAGUCGUCACCGGAGCUGCCGCUGCUCUGUUCUUGGUUUUUUUUUUUGGAACAGAUUGAGUUUCGGGUCUUGCAUGGCGCGUUUGAUGACUGUUGCUGACUGUGGGAUGGUCGGAUUUGACGUCGUAGCUGCGAAAUCAGAGUUUUAAGGGUUUUGUCGCGUAGUCGAGUCGCAAUCAAGGCCGGAGGUUGAGUCGAUUCGUAUGGGCCAGAGGCUGUGAUUGGUUGGAUCAGUGAUUCUUGCCCUAAUUGGCUGCUACAAGGCUUUGCACUCUUUCCAUUGAAGAAAAUUACUCAACUUGUGAUCCAACAGAGGUUGAUAUGAUGAUUAUCAGAGCACCUGGAACACCAGCUUCAAAGAUAGAUAGGACACCAGUAUCAACCCAGGAGGGCCUAGAGACAGAGAGGAGAAGAUUAUAGUUACUGUAAGGCUAAGUUCUUUAAACAGAAAAGAACAUUUGGCUAAGGAGUAAGGAUCAGGUGGCAUGGGAUUGCAUUGAUGAUUUUACGAUUGUGUAUAAACCGCCCGCAAACGAACGUGCUGCUCAACCAGCAGCGUUUACCGUUGACAAAGUUUUUGGUCCUGCUUGUUUAACCGAGGCAGUGUACGAAGAAGGGGUAAAGAAUGUGGCUUUAUCUGCAUUGAUGGGCAUUAAUGCAACUAUUUUUGCUUAUGGACAAACUAGCAGUGGAAAGACGUAUACAAUGAGAGGAAUAACAGAGAAGGCUGUCAAUGAUAUUUAUAAGCACAUAAUGAAUAUUCUUGCCCUAAUUGGCUGCUACGAGGCUUUGCACUCUUUCGAUUGAAGAAAAUUACUCAACUUGUGAUCCAACAGAGGUUGAUAAGAUGACUAUCAAAGCACCUGGAACACCAGCUUCAAAGAUAGAUAGGACACCGGUAUCAACCCCAGGAGGGCCUAGAGCCAGAGAGGAGAAGAUUGUAGUUACUGUAAGGCUAAGGCCUUUAAACAGAAAAGAACAAUUGGCUAAGGAUCAGGUGGCAUGGGAUUGCAUUGAUGAUUUUACGAUUGUGUAUAAACCGCCCGCAAAUGAACGUGCUGCUCAACCAGCAUCGUUUACCUUUGACAAAGUUUUUGGUCCUGCUUGUUUAACCGAGGCAGUGUACGAAGAAGGGGUAAAGAAUGUGGCUUUAUCUGCAUUGAUGGGCAUUAAUGCAACUAUUUUUGCUUAUGGACAAACUAGCAGUGGAAAGACGUAUACAAUGAGAGGAAUAACAGAGAAGGCUGUCAAUGAUAUUUAUAAGCACAUAAUGAGUACCACAGAAAGAGAUUUCACCAUAAAAAUAUCUGGACUAGAAAUUUACAAUGAGAAUGUUAGGGACUUGUUAAAUUCAGAAUCUGGUCGCAAUCUGAAGCUUCUAGAUGAUCCUGAGAAAGGUACUGUUGUUGAGAAAUUAGUUGAAGAAACAGCAAAAGACGAUAAGCAUUUGAGACAUUUGAUCUCUAUUUGUGAAGCUCAAAGGCAAGUUGGUGAAACUGCUCUAAAUGAUACCAGUUCGCGGAGUCACCAGAUAAUAAGACUGACAAUUCAAAGUACUCUUCGAGAAAAUGCAGAUUGUGUGAGAUCCUUUGUUGCAACUCUGAACUUUGUUGAUCUGGCUGGAAGUGAGAGGGCUGCACAAACUCAUGCUGAUGGCACAAGGCUCAGAGAAGGUUGCCAUAUUAACCUCAGCUUGAUGACUCUUACAACUGUAAUCAGAAAGCUAAGUGUUGGGAAAAGAAGUGGUCAUAUACCUUAUAGAGAUUCAAAGCUCACACGUAUAUUGCAACACUCACUUGGUGGGAAUGCACGCACUGCCAUUAUAUGUACUUUGAGUCCAGCACUAAGCCACGUAGAGCAAUCUCGGAACACUCUCUACUUUGCUACUAGAGCAAAGGAAGUAACAAACAAUGCUCAAGUUAACAUGGUUGUUUCAGACAAACAACUUGUUAAACAUUUGCAAAAGGAAGUGGCAAGGCUGGAGGCAGAGCUGCGCACUCCUGAUCCCGCUAAAGAAAAGGAUUGGAAAAUUCAACAGAUGGAAAUGGAAAUCGAAGAGCUGAGGCGCCAGAGAGAUCUAGCUCAAUCUCAGGUUGCAGAGUUACGCAAAAAGCUUCAGGAUGACCAGCAGGUCUCAAUCCCACCUGAAUCACCACAUUUACCAGUCAAGAAGUGUCUCUCAUUCGCUGGAGCACUAUCAUCUCCAAAACCAGAGCGAAGAAGCACAACACUAAGACAGUCCAUGAGGCAAUCAUCUACUGCUCCUUUUACCCUUAUGCAUGAAAUUCGAAAACUUGAGCACCUUCAGGAGCAGCUUGGUGAAGAAGCCAAUAGAGCUUUGGAAGUAUUACAAAAGGAAGUUGCAUGCCAUAGACUAGGUAACCAAGAUGCAGCUGAGACAAUUGCCAAGCUUCAAGCAGAAAUAAGGGAGAUGCGUGCUGUUAGGUCUGCACCCAAGGAGGUUGAAGUUGGAAACAUGGUUUCUGUAAACAAGAGUGUAAGUGCUAAUCUCAAGGAAGAGAUCACCCGACUUCAUUCACAGGGCAGCACCAUUGCAAAUCUUGAACAACAGCUUGAAAAUGUUCAAAGGUCCAUAGACAAACUUGUGAUGUCUCUCCCAAACAAUUUUCAACAGUUAACCAGUGAGGCUUCCCCAAAGCACAAAAAGGAACACAAAAAGAAAAAGUUGCUUCCUUUGACUUCAAGUAGUGCUGCCAAUCGCCAAAACUUCAUAAGAUCUCCAUGUUCACCGUUAUCAACUACUGAGCAAGUAUUGGAAUCUGAUAUUGAAAAUAAAGCCCCUGAGAAUGAUGAUAUUGUUUCUAUUGAGACUCUGCCAGAGUCCGAAAAGGAGACUCCAUCAAAAAGUGGAGAAAGUGGAUGUAUUGAGUCAAAGGAAAAUGCUCCGGGUUAUAGGCGCUCGAGUUCAGUAAACAUGAAGAAAAUGCAGAAAAUGUUUCAGAAUGCAGCAGAGGAGAAUGUAAGAAGUAUCAGAGCAUAUGUUACAGAAUUGAAAGAACGUGUAGCCAAACUGCAGUACCAAAAGCAGUUACUUGUUUGCCAGGUGCUUGAGCUUGAGGCAAAUGAAGCAAAUGGCCACAACAUAGAAAAUGAAGAGUACACAUGUGAAACAGAGGAACCGCACGUUCCCUGGCAAAUUACUUUUAGGGAGCAGCGGCAGCAGAUUCUUGACUUGUGGCAUUUAUGUCAUGUCUCCAUUAUUCAUAGGACCCAGUUUUAUUUAUUAUUCAAAGGAGACCCAGCUGAUCAAAUAUACAUUGAAGUUGAGCUCAGGAGACUGACAUGGUUGCAACAACAUUUAGCAGAACUUGGGAAUGCAAGCCCAGCUCCUCGUGCUGGAGAUGAACCUAUAAUCUCAUUGUCAUCAAGUAUGAGAGCCUUGCGACGAGAAAGAGAAUUCCUCGCCAAGAGAUUGACGACUCGUUUAACGCUGGAGGAGAGGGAAGCAUUGUAUAUUAAAUGGGAUGUCCCAGUUGAUGGGAAGCAGAGGAAGAUGCAAUUUGUCAGCAAGCUUUGGACAGAUCCUCAUGAUCAAGUGCAUGUACAAGAGAGUGCUGAGAUAGUUGCAAAGCUUGUGGGUUUCUCUACAGGGGGAAACUUGUCAAAGGAGAUGUUUGAGCUGAACUUUGUCCUUCCAUCUGAUAAGAGGCCAUGGAUGAUGGGCUGGAAUCAAAUAACAAAUCUCCUUAACCUGUAACAUAUUCUAAGUUUGUAAAUGUACAUGACAUUAAUUUUUGGUACCCUUACUCAAUCACAAUUGAUUAUUUUGGACAUUUUUUCUGCAAUAAACCAAUCCAAUUCCACUGGAUUUCCUAUUUACAUAAAGAAUGUCUUCGAUAUGAAUAUCGCAGCUUUGGUGAGAUUUAUGUCAUAUUAGUAGUUCUGAUUUUAUUUGUAUCAUGUGUUCUGUGUUUAUAUUUAUCCAACACGUUGAGACUUCUCACAAAAAC